CGAAACCGUUCGAGGCCACGUCAGAGCGCGAGUUUCUCCGACCGCGGGACAGUGGCUGCGGUGGUCAACGCCGCGCGCCCACCAACGAAGGCGGCGACGCGAUGAUGGAGGACGAGGACGGCGGCAUGCGCGUCGUGCACACGUACUUGACCAUGAUGUCGACCGAGGAGCACAUGCGAUUCUCCAACGCAGCGCAUCACAUCCAGCUCUGGUUCGCCGUGUUCAACCCACGGUUCAACAACAACGACCGGAGCAUUUUGUAUCGUGCGCUGUACGACUCGGGGUCGGCACCCGAGAAGAAGGUCGCCAAGGCGCUGCAGCAGUGGUAUCGCGUGGUCGUGUCGGGCCGUCGGACCCGCCGGAGGAUGAUGCAAUCGUGUCACACGUUUGCCGACGUCCCCGCAACGCGCCCGCCGUCUGCGCAAGGAGGGGGGUCGGCAGUCGCCCCCGUGAUGAGCCAAGACGAAGCGGCCGCGCGAAAGGCCAGUCGCCGGGCUCGAUACAGUGUGUCCGACCUGCGGACCGACUACAGCCAGGAUGUCGACGAUCUCGACGUGAUUCAAGACUCGUUGAGCCAAGUCGUUCACGAGUGGAAGCUGGCGGACGCAGACGAGUUUGCCACGAUUCGGGAAAACCUUGUGGACAAAGACGAAGCCGAUAUGGUCAAGGAGAUUCGAUACUUGACGUCGCUGCGGCUUCGAUACGAGGCCCCCGAUGCGGGCGGCGGCGACGCGUCGUCGACGCUUCGACCUGGGGACACCCUCUUGCACUACCUUGUGCAAACCGUCCCCAACCUGACGUCCGCAGUCGUGCGCGAGUUUCUUCGGGACGGCGUCCACAUCCACGAAAAGGGUGCGAACAACCGCUCGCUGCUCCACGCUGCGGCGCAUGGGGGCCACGUCGCCACGAUCGAGCUCUUGUCAAAGGAAGGUUUGGAUGUGCUCGCGACAGAUGGAUUCGGGUGCACUGCGCUGCACGACGCAGCGCGCGCGGGGACGCUCGGCGUCGUCCGCCACCUCGUCGAGCACUUGCACGUAGGCGUUGACAUUCCCAACAAAAAUGGCCGCACGCCGUUGCAUUAUGCCGCCGAGAACGACCGCCAGGACGUUGUCGAGUACCUCCUCACGCACAAACGAACCAACGUGAACGCGAUCAACGGCAACAUGCGCACGCCCCUCCACAUGGCCGCCACACGCGGCCACAUCGACACGGUCCACAUGCUCCUCGCCGCCGGCGCCUUGAUCGUUCCCAACCUGGCAGGCGACACGAUCUUCCACGACGCGGCAAUGCACAACCACGUGGAUCUCCUGGAAUCGUUCACCAAAGACGGGGGGUAUGCCCGGUUUGCGAUCGCGAAAAACAACCAGGGCCGCACGCCCCUCCAUGUGGCCGCCGCGAACCGCGCCGUCGACGCCUACGUCCUCUUGAAUGGAAAUCCGUGGUCCGGGCGGCACGCAGGGCUGAUGAAGGACGAUUUUGGUCUGUAUCCGCUGAACCUCCUGCUCGAGAGCGACGCGAUCCCGCUGGCCAACGGCCUCAACUUGGCCAAGUACACGCCACGCAACAACCACACGGACCUCGACCACGAGCGCGAGCCGAUUUGGAACGACGACAUGUUUGCCUCGAUCUUGCGCGAGUCGCCCGAGUACGCCUGGGCGUUCUUGGACGGGUUCAAAGUUGCCGUGUCAUGGAAUUGCGGGCGCACCGAAUGGGCAUUUCCAAAGCUCGGUGACAUGUACGGCGACGCGUACGCCGUCGAGAAGAGCGCGCUGGCGAGCAUCGUCGAAGCAUACAACCGCGGCGACAAGGAAAAGCGGAGCUACUGCAUCACGUGCCUCAGCCACGUCGUGAUCUCGCGCAUCGUGCACUUAAAGUGGAAGAGCUUUGGCAGGACCAUGUACUUUGUCGAGCUGUUUGGGUCGAUCUUCCUCCUGUUUGCCACGACCAUGUGCGUGUCGCUGUCGAAUGUGCAAGUCGAAUUCACAAAGCCGCGGUACUGCCUGCUUGUGUUUGCAUGGACUUGGUUGUUUGUGUUUACGUCGGGCGCGAUUUACGCGUCGCUGCGGUACCGCCACCUGAAGAAGACGCUGCAGAGCGCGAGUUUUCUGAACCCUGCCAAGAUGACGGGACCCGGGGCCGGCGCGAGCCUCCCACCCAAGCCGUCGAUGCGUGCGCGAUUGGUUUCGUUCCUUGUGCCUGACACGCUCGUGCGGCGCAGCUCGAGCCUCGCCUACACCUUUGUGCGCUCGAAUUCCACGCUGCGGCGGCAAGUCACUCCCCGCCCCCACGCCAUGUCGUCGCUCGCCACGAAACGACUCGUACUGAAGGAUAAAGUCGUCGCGUUUUGCAUUGGAGCGGUCUUGGCAUCGGGGGCGCUGUUGGUGGCGUCCAUCGCGGCCCUCGUCGUGUUUGAAUCGAUCGGCGAGUCGACGGCCAGUGCCGCGACGGCAUUCUACCACAUCAACUUGGUCAUUCGGUGGGUCCUGUCGGUCGCAUUCUUGGCGGUCGAAGGGCUCGAGUACCGCGGGUCGCCCAAGCGGUACGUUCGCGUCAAGUGGCACUUUGUCAAGGCGGCGGUGCUGUGGUGCAUCGUUGUGUUUGAAACGCCGUUGGAUCUCGGGUGGAUUGCCAUGGCCAGCCAUGGCGAGUGGCAAGCGAUUUUGUACGCCGUCACGAGCUUGCUGCUCUGGAUCAAUUUUCUCCACGUCCUGCGCGUGAACGAGUCGACGGGGCCGAUGAUCACGAUGGUGCUCAACAUGGUGCCCGACGUCGUGCACUUUCUCAUGAUGUACGCCGUGUUUCAAAUGGGCCUCACGUGCGCCUACUUUGCGCUGCUCAAAGGCAGCGCAGGCUUCGAGUCGUUUGGCGACACAUUCCUCACAACGUACUUGAUUAUCUUUGGCCAGCUCAACCUGGACGUUGUCCUCGGCAACGAAUACCCCCGCCAGCUCUUCAUCUCGGUCUUUAUCAUGCUCCAGUACCUUGUCGUGGCUAUCGUGCUCCUCAACGCGUUCGUGGCCGUGCUGUCCAUGACGGCCGAGAACGUCCUCGAGCGCGUCAACGACCAAGUCGUGUUGAAUCACGCCGAGUCGAUCCUGCGCGCCGAAAUCAUGAUGCCGCACUGGCUACGGCUGCGAACGCGGCGCCAGGCCAAGGCCAAGAAAACCAAAACCCACGGCCUUCUCACGUUUGCCAAGACGAUGCACGUCAAGGACGACGACGCGGACGCGGACGACACAACCGACGACACCGUGCGCAAGAUCGAACGGGCGCUGGAAAAGUGCCUCGACCACGUGGGCGACUUGACCAGCCAAGUCCACGCGUUGCAAAAGCGCCUCGACGCGCGGCUGACCGAAGAAGCCGAGAAAACCCAAGCAACUCUCGACGCGAUUGUGGUCCUGCUUCGCACGUCCCAUGACCAUGCCAUGCUUCGAGGAGACAUCCCGCACCACCAUCGCAGCAUGGCCCUUGCCCCCAUGCCGACGAAAUAGGGGGCGUUUCCACGUAGCGUCGGGGGCAUUUUGACCACCCCCAACAUGCUCGAUUCAAUCCUGA